AUGUCCACUGCCCCUAUGCAGACCAAGCGUAUUGCGCUGGCCGCGGGAUUGGCCACCGCCGUGGCAGCUCCUCUGUUCGUGGCGCCUUCCACAGGCACAACAGAGCGGGCGACCUCCCUUCGUGGCAGCCGGGCGGCACCUGCGGCUGUGACCCAGACCGCACCUGGUGCCACGGCCACAGUGGGCGCGGCCGGUGCAGUCGUUGCCCUGGCGGCCCUUGGAGCAUCGGGUGCCAAAGCCGGCACUCGCAAGCCUCGCAUGGUCCAGGUCGCCCGUCAGUCAGUGGAGACCUUCCAGCAAAAUGCGUUAGAGUACCCGUCAUCCUAUGAGAAGAUCGCGGACGUGAACAACAAGGAGAAAGAUGCCGACAUCAUCUGCACCAUCGGACCAAAAUCUUGGGACCCCGAGGUUCUCGUGGAGCUCAUGAAGGCAGGCAUGACCGUCAUCCGAUGCAACAUGUCGCACGGAGACCACGAGGAGCAGAGCAUGAAACUGGCCAACCUGGAGAAGGCUUACGAGCUCGCUCCCGAGUUCAAGGGCAAGAUGAAGAUCCUGAUGGACACCCGUGGCCCGGAGAUCCGCACCGGCACCUUCGAGGUCUACAACUCCAAGAAGGAGCUGAAGGCUGGCCAGGAUUUCAAGCUCGUCACUGACUACAGCCUGAAGGGCGACGAGAGCAUGGUCGCAAUCACCUACGAGCAGCUGCCCAAGAGUGUGAAGCCAGGCCAGCGCAUCCUCAUCCAGGACGGCACCGUUAUUCUGGAGGUCGCGGAGGCCAAGGACGACGAGGUCCUCUGCAAGGUGGUCAACAAUUGCAAGCUGGGUGAGAAGAAGAACGUGAAUGUUCCAGGCGUGAAAGUGGACAUCCCCGUUGUGGGAGAGCGCGAGAUCAAGGACAUCGAAGAGUGGGCGGUCCCCAACAAUGCGGACUACAUCGCCCUCAGCUUCGUUCAGAGUGCUGAUGAUGUGAAGGACUGCCGCAAGCACUUCGGAGGCAAAGACAUCAAG